AUGGGCAUAAAGAACGAGAAGUAUUGCCUGCUGAGCGCACAGACAGGGAACUCUGGACCCUGGAACAAGCUGAACUGCCCUGGCGCCAUCGCCCCGGGCAAUGUUUGCCUUCAGAUCUCCCUGCUGACCUCCGCCACCCAGGCAGAUGAGGCGCUCGGCAUCGGCAUCCCCAUCUGCUCCAUUCUGAUUCAGGCCUUCUUCAUCAGGAACAAGAAGGAUAUGGUCAACAUCCAGCUGAAGAUCUUGCAAAUGAAGAAGGACGAGGCGGAGAAGAAGCGGCUCGAAGCGGAAGCGGAGCUGAACCGCCUGCAGGGCAACGAGGCGACGCAGAAGUCGGAGGUGGAUUCACUGCAACAAAGCCUCCAAGAAGAGGCGAGCAAGAAUGAUGACCAGUUCGUCAAGGAUCAGGAGGAGCAGCGCGAAAAGGUCUUGAAUGAGGCCGAACAGGUCUUCGGCAUGCUGAACGAGCGCGCCAAGAAAGCCAGCACCGAGGCGGAGGAGCAGGUGAAGAAGUGGGAGGCCGGCGAGGGCGGCGAGCUGCUGCAAGCGCUGAGCAAGGGGGAGGGGGCGACGAAGUUGCACGAGAUGCUCGGUCAGGUGGACGUUCAAGGGAUGGCCUCCGACUACGCGCAGCAGGCGCAGCAGGCAGCCGGAGACCUCCAGAAUCAGGAGUGGGUCCAGGACGCGGCCAGGCAGGCGCAGGCAGCGGCGGAGCAGGCGCAGAAGAGCAGCCAGGACCCGAAGCCGAAGAGAGAGAUUAAUGAGGAAUGGGCCAUGAUGAGGCCACUGCAACCUGCCAUUUUCUGA